CUUGGUCUUCCAUCUCCUCAUCUCUUCAAACUUUCUUCUUCCAUUACAUAGUUACUGCUCUUCUUCCCACUCUUGAAUUCCUCCUGGGUUUCUUCUCUCUGUGAACCAUUUCAGAGCUCAUCCACCAGCAUUCAUCUCCUCCAAGCCUCCUAUCUUACAAUCCUCCUAACCUCUCCAUCAAAAUGACUCGAUCUCACAAGUUCAACGACAAGAAUCACGCUGGCCUUGCUGAGGGGACUGUUGCCCCUCAUGACAACGUUCCCAAGUUCUUCGCCAAGCACGGCUGGGUUGGUGCCGACCCAAAGAAGGCCAAGAAGAACGGCGGAGGCAAGAGUAAUUGUAGGUUCUGAAGUAGCCGAGGAGGACUUCAACUUUGUCAAUGCCCGUCGUCGUCCCUCCAAUAGUAGUAGCUUCUCUGCCCACGGGGAGUUCAAGACUAAGUUUGAGAUCAUCGAACCCGAACCCGUCUUCGAGGAAAGACUCCACGGGCCUGAGCUUGAGGACGAAAUCGCCCUCAGUAAGAUCGAGACUUCUUCCAGCGCGGGAAGCUCAUCGGACGAGCAGAAGUAAAUACUUCUCGGACCGUAUACAAGUGGGGGAUUGUCCCAUCGGGAUUCCGGCCAC